AUGCGCGCCACUACGUCCCUCCUCGCGACAGCUUUGCUUGCCGGCCGCACCCUCGGCUGGAAAUUCUCCCUCCACACCGCAGACGACGCAGACGAUGACACACCACUGCCGCUCGUCAUCUGGCACGGUCUGGGCGACACCUUCAACUCCGAGGGCAUCACGGAAGUUGGAGAACUAGCAGACCAGAUUCACCCGGGCACUUUCACAUACGCCAUCGGACUCAGCACCGACCCAAAUUCCGACCGCUCCGCCACCUUCUUCGGAAACGUCACCGAGCAGCUACAGACCGUGUGCGAUGUCCUCGCCGAGCAUCCAAUUCUGUCCACCGCCCCGGCCAUCGACGCCAUCGGCUUCUCCCAGGGAGGGCAGUUCCUUCGCGGAUAUGUCGAGCGAUGCAACAAGCCCCCGGUCCGCAACCUGAUCACUUUUGGCAGCCAGCACAACGGCAUCUCCGAGUUCAAGACGUGCGGAAACGUAGACUACCUGUGUAAAGGCGCCAUGGCCUUGUUGAGGUUCAAUACCUGGAGCAAUUUCGUCCAGAGCCGCCUGGUGCCGGCGCAAUACUACCGCGACUCAAACGACUACGAUACCUAUCUUGAACACUCGAAUUUCUUGGCCGACAUCAACAACGAGCGACCGCAAAAGAACGAACAGUACAAGAAGAACAUCGCAGGCCUCUCAAAUUUCGUCAUGUACAUGUUUGAGGACGACACCACCGUCGUUCCCAAGCAGACUUCCUGGUUCACCGAGGUCAACGGCAACGAAACCAUUCCCCUACGAAAGCAGACUCAGUACAAGGAGGACUGGCUUGGCCUUCGCCAGCUGGACAGCAAGGGCGGCCUUCGAUUCCGUUCCAUCACGGGCGACCACAUGCAGAUCACUCUUGACGUCUUGAAGGAGGUCAUGUCGGACUUCUUGGGGCCUGUGAAUAGGUCGUUCCCCCCCGAGAAAACCGCCGAAGAUGUGUCCCAGGGAGAGCUCUAG